UCCCAGGAUGUCCCAGAUACUGCAGGGGGAGGUACCAGGUACCGCAGUUCUAGUGGACAACACUGGACAGUGGUACCAGGUCAGGGUGAACAGCAGUACUGCUGGGAUACAAACUGAGGUGGUAGACAUCACAGGGGGCAUACAGAGUGCAGAUACGUCCUUUGCUAGACCACUGGUCCCCCAAUUCCUGUCAGCAGAAACCAUCGUGUUCCACGAACACAAGCAGCUGCAACAUCCAUGGGAGACCGCAGAGGAUGGUCUCACCUCGGGGUUCUCUCAACUUCAUGUGGGACAGAAACUUCAGCUCAGUACAUCAGGUUCAGCACUCAUCACCCGAGUGAAGACAGAACACAGGAGGGAGAACUACACGGCCUGGGCCAGGGCGCACGUCUUCAAACCCUUUCAGUUUGAGACUCUCUCAACGAGUCCAGCUCAGGCAUACAGUGUGGAGGUUGCUUGUGAAAGUGAUGGAAAGUCUCUCCUAACCUUGAAAAAUGUUGGAGGUUCCAUGGGUUGGCUGUUCUCUGAUGUGGGGAAGUCAUUGGUGGUUGCUACCGGCAACAACCACCUGUUGACAGAAGUGGUUACCAUGACGACGGCCCGAGCUGACCCCGGGAUGACCUGUAAGGAGGUGACCAUCACGGCUGGCAUGUGGCACCUGUAUGACUUCAACAGUUACAGAGAGUAUGCUACUGUGUACGACCAGGCCUUAACAAUCAGCUCAACAACAGCAACAGUGACCACAGGAUACUUUGAAUUCGCCUCCUAUCACAUUGGGCUGGUACUGCAGGUGUCCACAGGGUCAGCCACCAUCACAGGUAUCACCAGUGUGACCCAGGUCACCUUACUUGUCCCUGGUGGCUCCCUGGAUGGGUCCUACCCUGCAGGGGAAUGGAGUUUACAAGAUGUCAGGGGAAAACAGGCCAGGCGCAAAUGGAACAUCACAGAAGACGAGUGUCGACACAUCAUGAACGUGAAGGAAGCCUUCCUGACUAACAACCUGAGGUACCUUGAUGUCAGGGAGGACGUCAGGCUGGCAGCAAAUGCCACCAUUGCUGCACAUGCCCCAGAGGUCCCUGGUGAGCGUGCCCUGCUGGUGGUGACCUUUGGUGACCCCAUGCUGUUCCAGAAGAUAGAAACUGAUGCAUCCUGGGACAGGGCCGGUUACCACCACUUGACCCUGCAUAUUGUUCAUGAUCUCUUGAAACAGGGUCACUCCUCAGUGACAGUGUACCUGCCCGGAGCCUCCAUGCUGUGCCCUUUGACCUCUCACACCGUGACCCUGCGGUGUCAGUGUCCCCCCAACAAGCACAUGCAUUAUGUCUACCACAACCAGUUCACAGAAGACGAGUUCCUACACGGACAUCCUGUUGACAAGGAUGGCAGGGAUCUACUGCAGACUUUAGAGGUGAACUAUCGGCCUCCCUCCAGCAUGGGAGUGGGAAUCCCCCUGUCCAACAACAUCUACAACGCUGACCCCAGUCAGGACAGGCCGAACGACUUCUACCAAGUAUCUCAGGAAACUGGUCAGUAUAAGCAGUGUCUGGGAAAGUCCACGCGUGCGGAGUGCGGCUGUACCAAACAGAUGAAGCUGUCAUCGCUCGAGAAGUUCUCAGACUGUAUAGACCGCGCCCACCGGAUGCUGUACCCAGCUGAGCUGUCUGUCAGGCUGCAAGUGGUACGGCCUGGAACUGAGACUAUUGAGCUGGACCAGCCUUAUGUUGUAGUGAUCGAGGAAGUCAACAGCCGCUCAGAUUACGUACCAGACUCGGUGGUGACCCCGUCGCUGGCCCGGCUGCGCGCGGACCGCAAGCUGAACCACACCCUGAUGUACUACAGCCCACGGAAACUGUCCGUCCUCAUGACGGGGGCCAGGCUCUACCACUUCAGGGUGUCGGCACUGGAGGGCUUCUCCUACUGCAAUCUUGUUGCUGAGUUUAUAAUCUAUGUGGACAGACCGCCCAUUGCCUACCCGUCAGAGUACAUCAUGCGUGGUGGGAUCAGCAUCAUGAUCGGCAUGAUCCUGUUCCUGGUGUACCUGUACUACCUGCACACUCACCACACACCCUUCACUAGGAAGUCUACAUCCCAACAUGCACACCUCAACAGGGAACAACUGGCAGAGCAGAGAAGAAACAUGUCUGACACAGACAGUGAUGAGGACUAGAUACACGCACCAGUGUCACUACACACCCUUCACUAGGAAGUCUACAUCCCAACAUGGACACCUUAACAGGGGGACACAGGAACAACUGGCAGGGCAGAGAAGAAACAUGACUGACACAGUG